GGGUUCGCCGCCCCGACGCGCGUGCAACAGCGCGUGAUCCCGCACCUCUGCCGCGGCGAAGACGUGCUCGUGCGCGCGGAGACCGGGUCGGGGAAGACGCUCGCGUACUUGUGCCCGCUGCUCGCGGCGCUGGGGAGCGAAACGCCGCGGAUCGCGAGGGCAGAUGGAAUGCGCGCGUUGGUGAUGACGCCGACGCGCGAGCUCGCGGCGCAAGUGUUGGAGACGGCGGCGACGCUGUCGAGGCCGUACCACUGGGUCGUGUGCGGUGGCGUCGUGGGGGGCGAGAACAAGCAGAAGGAGAAGGCGCGGCUGAGGAAGGGCGUGUGUCUCCUCGUGGCGACGCCGGGAAGGCUGUUGGACCACCUGCGGCACACCGAGGCGAUGAAGGCGGACCUUCUUCGGUGGCUCGUGUUGGACGAGGCGGAUCGGCUGUUGGACCUCGGGUUCGAGGAGGAUCUGAACGCGAUCUUGGCGGAUCUGAACCGGCGAACGAGCGGCGCGGCGCGGUGCACCGCGCUUCUGUCCGCGACGCUGACCGCGGGGACGUCGCGACUGAUCGACCUCGCGAUGACGGAUCCGGCGACGAUCGAGAUCGACCCGGAGGAGCCCGAGGUCGGAAAAGGAAACCCAAACUCGAACGACGCCGACGCCGCGAUGAAGGACGCGAUCGCCGCGUUGGACGGCGGCGCGGAUCUCGGCGCGGAGGACGUGAAGAAGAUGGUGAUGCGCAUGCCGGAGCAGCUGAGGCACACCGCGGUGGAGGUGCCCGCGAAGUGCCGGCUCGCCGCGCUCGCGGGUUUGCUCGCGGGGUGGAUGCAGGGCGCGGUCCCGAAGGUGAUGGUGUUUUUGUCCUCGUGCGAGUCCGUGGAGUUUCACUACCGCGUCCUCUCGUGGCUCGCGUCGGGCGGGGGCAAAGGGAAAGCGAGCGGCGGCGGCGGCGGCGGCGGCGACGACGACGAUCUGCGCGCGGGCGGGUACGAAGUCUUCCGCCUCCACGGCGUCUUAUCCCAGCCCGACCGCAGGGCCGUGUACCAAGGCUUCGCCGCCGCGACCGCGGGCGUCCUCCUGUGCACGGACGUCGGCGCGCGCGGUCUAGACUUCACCGGCGUCGGCGCGACGGUGCAAGUCGACCCGCCGUGCGAUCCGACGACGUACGUGCAUCGCGUCGGACGCACGGCGCGGCUCGGGCGGGAGGGCGAGGCGGUUCUGUUUUUGCAACCCAGGGAGACGGAGUACGCGAACGUUCUGAGCGAGCUCGGCGUGAAGUUCUGCGCCGCGAGCGUGCCCGCGAUGCUUGACGUUCUAGACGGAGGGCGCGGCGGAGGGACGCCGCGCGGCGAGUACGACCGGUCGCCGCAUCUACACCCCGCGGCGCAACGUCUGCAGAAGAAGCUUCACGGCGCCGUCGGCGGGGAUAAAGAGCUCGCGACGCUCGCGAAGGACGCGUUCCGGUCGCACGUCCGCGCGUACGCGACGUUCCCGUCGGACUUGAAGCACAUCUUCCACGUCAAACGACUGCACUUGGGGCACGUCGCGGCGGCGUUCGGGCUGAAGGAAGCCCCGGGAUUGAUCGGGAAGUCCGCGACGAGGGAACGUCUGCAGGCGGCGAAGGAUAAGAAGCGGAAA